AUGCUUCCUCCAGCACUUAACAUUCCAAAAUGGCUCGAGGCCAACUCCCAUCUCCUACAACCACCCGUCAAUAAUUACUGCGUGUACCACCCCUCCACUCCGGCAACGGCCGGCUACACAGUCAUGAUCGUUGGCGGACCAAACGCACGAACAGACUACCACAUCAACACGACACCAGAAUUCUUCUAUCAGUACAAGGGAUCAAUGCUACUCAAGACGGUGGACACGUCGACGUCGCCACCCACAUUCCAGGACAUUCCGAUCCACGAGGGCUCGAUCUUCCUGUUACCGGCGAAUACGCCACACUGUCCGGUGCGCUUCAAGGAUACGGUGGGCGUGGUGAUGGAGCAGCCACGGGCCCAAAAUGCCGUUGAUAUCAUGCGGUGGUACUGCAAGAACUGCAGUGGAAUUGUAUGGGAGAAGCAUUUUGUGUGCACUGAUCUCGGGACGCAGGUCAAGGAGGUGGUGGAGGAGUUUGCUGCAGACGAGGAGAAGAGGCGAUGCAAGGCUUGUGGGGAGAUUGCGGCGACGAGAUAUGGCGACGGGGAAUUGGAACAGCCGCCCUCGCAUCCUGAAUGA